CUACACUUUGAAAAUCAAGUCAGUUUUACAUUUCUGCACUGCUGCAGCCCUCACAUUCCUGCAUUUUUGCACGAACAAACACAAAUCCUACAUUUUCUGCAGCUGCAGUGCACAGGUCCAGGUAUUCUGCACAACUCUGCAUUUCCUGAAAAUAUUCACUGCACACUCGGCCAUUCUACACUGCACUUGUACACUUCAACCAAUAGCUCUUUCGACACCCCACGCAAACCCAUGGUACGGACAGUAAAUCAAUCGGAGUUUGAAAGACUUAGAUGCGAGUUCGAGUUCUCGACACAGCGACCAUACCAUCCACAACACCCCUUUCUUCCCGCCAUCAUCACACCACAUCCGAUUGGGCGGUCUUUGGGUGCGGUGACAUCUUCGCCAAUUUAUUUGUCUACUGCCACCCUUGGCGGUGGAGCUGGAACUCCCCAUGCAGGUCAACAUAUGCAAGCGUCUCUUGGUUCAACAUGGAAAGCACCUGGACCCAGGCGGGGCUCCCCUGCCAUGAGCACGACGCGAUCAGUGCAAACCUUCUCUCUCACUUGUCAUCCGGCCAGUAUGGCAAUUUUUCCAUGGGUUUCGAACAAUACCGUGUCGAAGACCCUUAUGGGUUGAACAAUCGUGGACAGCGAUCGGCUUGGACAGUGGUCGGCUUAAUAUGCUCCUCAUCGAAGGCAUUUGCCUGCGGUCAUUCUCACAUCGGUCCCCAUAUGCACGGUCUUCAGGCGUGUUCGAUCGACGGAUAUGUCUUGCAAGGCACCUCUCCUCAUAGCGCGAGCCUGACACCCCCUCAUACCAACACCACUGGCUAUACGGACAUUGCUGGAUAUGCUAACGUGAGCCCUUUUGGCACGGUCGGUGUUGCCGCGACGUUGAAUCAGAGCUAUGGCUAUGGCAUGUAGAGCAGGUACAUUGAUUGGUGCGUUUUUUCUUCUACUAUUAGUAUACACGAGCUAACUACCUUCUUCUACACCUGGUUACGAACGAGUUCGCUGGAUCAGACGGAGACGAGUAGCGGAUGGUGGGCGUGAGCUGGGUGGACGGCGCUAGUAGGGUGCUGGGUUUUUUUUUCGUCAUUUUUCGCUCUGCAUUGUCGUGUUUCGUUCUGCAUCAACGUAUAUCCCUGUAUAGCGAUACCUAUCAAUGC